AUGAUCCACGCUGUUGACUGGUUCCCCACCAUCGCUGAGGCUGUUGGCCUCAACUAUACAAACUCUGACCAGGACGGGGUCAGCCAGUGGUCAUCCAUCACCUCCCUCGGACCGUCCAGCAGAGACCAGUUCGUCUACAACCUGGACCUCCACCCCUUCCCAGCACAGGGCCGCUCCGCUAUCAGGGUGGGAGACUACAAGCUGGUCAUGGGAUACCCCGGCCUCUAUCAGGACUGGUACAAACCGGAAGACGAUGACCAGGGUCCAGUCGUUACCGCUCAAGUCGUGGUGCAGGGAAAUGCUAACCAGAUGCAGGGGUUAAAUGUCACGGGCGACUACAACUUCCUCUUCAACCUGAAAGAUGACCCGGAAGAAAGGAAUAACCUUUACGACAAACUUCCGGACGUUGUGAAAAAACUUGAAGCCAAGCUGGCAGACGAGACGAGACGAUACACCAAGCCAGAUUAUCCUGACAACAAUCCCAAGUCCAACCCACUCAACUUUGGCGGUGCGUGGUCUCCAGGAUGGUGUUAGGAUACUCCUCUUCUUCUUCCCUGAGCUUCCCAGCUACAUCUCAGGGGUAGUCGACUUCUGGCUCUUCAGAGUAACUGAUUUUUCCGUGUGUGACCAAUUCCCUACUUCGUCCAGUCCCUUGCAUUCAAACAGCCACUUUCCCAUUUCGAAUGUAGUGUUAGGAUGUGGAAUGUAAAGUAUUAAUAAAUUGAUACACGCUCUUUUAAA